AUGCUUAGCUUUAUCAUUUACGUUUACAUACAUAAAUUAAAGAUUGUAUAAAUAGGACAGAAUCAAAGCAAAAAUCAUUACAAGCACACACCGUCGCUCGUUUAAUUAAUAAUAACAUGGAACCUCAACCCUACUUUUUGGUUAUUGCAAUUUUGGUCUUCACAGUCUUGCAUUUUCUUGCAAAAUAUUAUUCCAAACCAAGAUCCUAUAAACUUCCCCCUGGUCCAUGGAAAUUACCCAUCAUUGGUAACAUCCAUCAACUUGCUCUAGCAGGACCAUUACCACACCGUGCUUUCAGAGAACUUGCAAAGAAAUAUGGACCCAUCAUGCACCUCAAACUCGGUGAGAACUCCACAGUGGUUGUAUCUUCCGCUAAGCUAGCCAAGGAAGUUCUCAAAACCCAUGAUGCCUGUUUUCAAAAGAGGCCUUUCAUUGCCGCUGUUCCAACCCUUGUAUAUGGCCCUGCAGAUAUUGCAUUCUCUCCGUCCGGCGAUUACUGGAGAGAUAUGCGCAAGAUAUGUACUCUAGAGCUUUUGAGUGUGAAAAAGGUUCAGUCUCUGGCUUCUGUAAGAGAAGCCGAGGCUGAAAAGCUCAUUCAGACGAUCCGUGAAUCUGCGGGUUCACGGAUCAAUCUGAGUGACAUGAUUUUCUCCUUGAUAAGCGCUUCUGUUUACAGGGCGACUUUUGGUAGCUACAACAAGGAGCAUGAUGAGUUUGUGGUUCUGAUCAAAGAAGCAAUGGAAAUCCUUGGAGGGUUUCAUUGGGCGGAUUUGUUUCCGUCGAUGAAACCUCUGUAUUAUUUGAGUGGGUUGAAGUCCAAGGUGGAGAAGCUGCACAAGAAACUUGAUAGGAUCUUGGAGGACAUCGUAAUGGAACAUCAAAAGAAACAAAGAGAAGGUAGGAUCGAUGCGGAGGAGGAAGACCUUGUUGAUGUUCUAUUGAGAGUCCAACAAAGUAGCAGUCUCCAGACCAAGCUAACAAUUGCAAACGUCAAAGCCGUCAUUGAGGAUAUGUUUGCUGCUGGAACAGAUACUACAGCAUCAACAAUAGAAUGGGCCAUGGCAGAAAUGAUAAAGAACCCAAGAGUGAUGGCAAAGGCACAAGCUGAAUUAAGAGAAGCACUUAGAGGAAAGAAAACAAUUCAUGAAACUGAUAUUGAAGAUCUAUGUUACUUAAAGCUAGUGGUCAAAGAGACACUAAGGUUACACUCACCAACUCCAUUGUUGAUCCCUAGAGAAUGCACCGAAGCAACCAACAUUCAUGGCUAUGCUAUACCAAUCAAAACAAGAGUGAUGGUUAAUGUGUGGGCAAUUGCAAGAGAUCCCCAAUACUGGCAUGACUCUGAGAGUUUUAUACCUGAGAGAUUUGAAGAAAGUUCUUUGGACUUCAAAGGGAAUAAUUUUGAGUAUUUACCAUUUGGGGCAGGAAGAAGAAUAUGCCCUGGCAUGACUUUUGGUGUUGCCAGCGUUACACUUCCUUUGGCUCUCUUACUUUACCAUUUCAAUUGGGAACUCCCCAGUGGGAUGAAGCCUGAAGAUGUAGACAUGACUGAACUCGCUGGCUUGGCAAUUGGAAGAAAACAUGCCUUGUGUCUGAUUCCCACUGUUUAUGAUCCAUAACUUUAUCAUA